AUGGGAAAGAAGAAACAAGUUACUAAAAUUAAUGCAGAUGAAGCUGAAUAUCAACCCCGACUACAAGCUGUUCUGUUAGCAGAUGAUUUCGCAGCAGAGAAAUUCCAACCAAUUUCUCUGGAACGACCUAAGGUACUUUUCCCAUUAGUACAUAACCCCAUGAUUGAUUAUACGCUAGCUUGGCUUAGAUCAUCAAAUGUUAAAGAGGUAUAUGUAGUAUGUUGUGCACAUUCCAAACAAGUUAUUGAGUAUUUAGAAAAAUCUGAAUGGUUGUCUGUACCUGAAUUCACUGUUACAAUUCUGGAAAACCGUGGUUGUGUCAGUGUUGGUGAUGCUCUUAGAUUUGUUUACCAAAGUGAUGUUAUUAAUGGCGAUUUCGUGCUUGUAAGUGGAGAUAUUGUAACUAAUAUGAAUCUGACACAAGCGUUAAAAGAGCAUAGGGACAGAAAGAAAAAACACAGUAAUGCUAUAAUGACUAUGGUCAUUAAGAAACCGAAACCGUCGAGGACUGAGCAAACUAGUAAGGAUAACACAGAUGGGUUGGUUAUGGGUAUUCAUCGGAAUACGAAAGAGCUUCUGCGUUAUGGCGUGAAUGGGUUUACGGAGACGUUUAUUCCUGGUAAGGAAUUGCUCCCUGACAAUCCUAACUUUGAAGUGCACAGUGAGCAAGAGGAUUGCCAUAUUGAUAUUUGCUCUCCUGUGGUGCUUAGUCUUUUUGCUGACAAUUUUGACUACCAACAUCUGAGGCGCCAUCUUGUCAAAGGAUUGCUGGAUGAUGAUGUCAUGGGCUACAAGAUCUUCACUUAUGAAAUUCAUCAAAGUAGAUAUGCUGCUAGAGUUGAUGAUUUCAAGAGCUAUGACACCAUUAGCAAGGACGUAAUUCAGCGGUGGACAUACCCGUAUGUGCCAGAUAUUCAGUUUUCUAGAAAAUGUGCAGUCGAACAAGAAAGUGACGGGAUUUUUAAAGGAUCGGGCGUACAGAUAUCGAGUUUUGCACACGUUGGUCCUGACACCUACGUUGGAAACGGGACAAGCAUUGGAGAUUUUUCUAAGAUCUCUAAUUCAGUAAUUGGAAAAGGUUGUUGUAUCGGAUCUCACGUAAAAAUUGAGAAUUCCUAUAUUUGGGACAAUGUCACGGUUCAAAAUAGUUGUCAGCUUAACAAUGCUUUUGUUUCCGAUGGGGUGGUGAUAAAAUCAGGAGUGGCUUUAGAACCUGGUGUGGUUUUAUCAUUCAAGGUCGUAGUUGGAGCAAAGUCUCCGAUAAUACCCGCUUACUCAAAGGUAUCUUUACAUCCCCAGCCAACAAACCAAGACAGUGAUGAGGAGCUUGAUCAGUUGACAUCAAGAUUUUCUGACAUUGCUGAAGUUGGUGUUUCUGGAGAUGGUUAUUAUUUUUGGUCAGAUACCCCCAGGCCAGAACCAGAAAUGCUCCCAGCUGCUGAAAUAACAAGUGAUGAUGAAAGCUUUGAAUCCGAUAAAGAUCAUUAUUUUGAUAUAGAGGUGGCAGAAACUAUCCUAAGGGCAGCUCUUGAAAAUGAGGCCCUAGAUGAUUUGAAAACAGAAGUGACUGCACUAAGGUUAUCGUACAAUAUGACACCAUUGAAUUGUGCUGGGGCAGUUUUUUCAGCAGUGAUGAAAUUGGCAUUACAGACUCCAUAUGGUACCAACGCUGAACUGCUUAAAAGUGUUGUCAUCAUCAUCACAACAUGGCGGGAUCUUUUGAAACAUUACAUAUACUCUAUAGAUGAGCAGUUUGAAAGCAUAAUGAAGUUCGAAGAGAUGUGCUCAGAUUCUGCCAGAGAUUUUGCUCCAUUGUUUGAGCCCAUUUUGCGUGUACUGUACGACAAGGAUGUUCUGGACGAAGACACUAUUCUCUCAUGGGCAUCUGAAAAAGACGGCGCAGAUGCAUCUGACAAAGUAUUUGUUAAUAAGGCGCAAAACUUUAUAACUGGUUUGAAAGAGGCAGAAGUAGAAGAUGAAGAACAGUGA